CGAGACGGCGGAUGGAGCCCAACAGGCGCGCCGAUCGAACGACUCCAGGAUCACCGAGUGGUCAUGCGACGCGGACGAGAUUGAUUUGGGAGCAUUGUUAGCCUAGUGAGGAAAAAAGCCACAGACGGCAUGGAUGGGCAGCGGAAGAGAGGGCGGAAGAGAGAGCUAAGGCGGGCUGUGUUUAAUACAAGCUUGAGGCUGCUUCCCUCGCGGCCGGCAACACCUUGAGUCUCCCAGUUGUCGUCCAAGCGUGGAGCAGAGGGAGUGACACCGUCCCGCCUCGUUAGUGGAUGCGGAGGUAGAGGCGUCCUCGGCCGAGGUGGUUUGAGGAGGGAACAAAUGCCACACAAAACGAGCAGGAAUGGAGCCAGAGUGGAGGAAGCCAGGGUAACGUCGAGCCGCCCUGGUCGCCCUGGUCGCCAUGCUGGCUCGGAGACCGGUAGUUGCAAAAGUGCAGCAAAUCCAGGCGUAGGAAGGGAAUCAAGGAUGCGACGAGCAGGCGGUUCAGCCGCAGCGCAUAUCGGGAUAUCGGGGCUUUCGCUACAGCCACUCACGUUCUGGUUCGAGGUAUUUGCGGGGAGGCUCGUGCGUGCCCCCCAGUGGACCGCGAGACGGGGUGAAAGUGGAGGGGACCGGCCGAGACCACCCACUGAGACCACCACCUCGUUCCCUUCAAGUUGUGCACUUUUCUGUCUGGGUCGGUCGGUCGUCUUCGUCUUGAUAUUUGUUUCUGUGUGUCGUUCACGUCGUCGGAUUCAUCGGAUUUACGAGUUGGGCUUGCACACAUGCCGUGCAACAUUGAGCGAGCUUGAGCAGUUCGGCCCACACCACCGCAGCAACCGUCGGAGAUGAAUUGUCUCGUGUUUGUUUUCCCCUGCAAAUCAAUCUCAAACCGCUUCAAGUCCCACCCGACAACCUUCUACGGUAUGCGCAAACCU